UGCAAACAUACCAAAACCAGUUGCAGAUCAAACUCGGCUACCACAGCAAAAUGACAAGUUUUGUUGUGUUCUGAGUAGGUCUUGACAUCAUGGCGGCUCUCUCGCGAGCGACCUCCCUCCUCGUCAACAAGUCAUUUCAUGGGCGACACCCUCAGAGGCUAUGUCGCGUCGAAUCAUGUGUUCUCGCCUUGUUGGGAUUUGAUGGAGGUCAUCCGUAUGGUCAGGCCAUCUACCAAGACGUGUCCAUUCGAAGCCAUCCGGCGUUGACGGGCACCAAACCUCCCCAGCAGAUGCAAUCGCCAAUUGUUACAUCUUUGGCAAGCAUAUCGAUGACAAGCCCGCGCCUCACCGUUCCCGCCGCGUACGACACGAUCUCGUUACGACUAGGCAACACCAGCACACCCCGUGGUUUCUUGGUCCUUAAGGCAAAAGCUUCUCCUCUUGCCUCAUCCUCAUAUUCAGAUGCUUCAGACGUCGACAGCACGUCACAAACCCCGAUAAUCAAACACAAAAAGACAUUCGCAGGCAGCCGCUACAAGACGCACCCCGAUAUCGUGUAUGGCCAUAAAUGCCUGCGUAGCAGCAUAGACGACUUCUUCGUCUACGUGCUCAACGUUCUUACGUGCGGCUUCCAGCCUGCAUUGACAUAUCUCGGCGGCGUUCUCCUGACAAUCAGCUUGAGCACGAUACUUUUCGUGUUAUGGAUAAUGUUCUUUCCUUAGGUUUAUAGCUUCUGCCAAUAAAAGCACUGCCUACCU